AUGAGUCUCCUACAUGCAUCGAAGCAUGUAGCAAAUCGGGGUGCAUGCUUGCGCAAUUCCUAUGUGGAAAUAUCCCGUUUCUUCAGACCACGCCAUCACGAGAUCACGGCGAAUCGAGUAACAUCGGGGUUGCCAAUCUCGAUCCGAUGCCUUCAGACGUUGCAGCCGACUCAAGAGAAUUUUUCACCGGAUGAGAAACUCAGAAAGACGCUCGAUGACUUCAAGGCGACCAUCCGGUCCUCAUGGGAGAAACUUGAUAAUGCGUGGAACGACGGGCAACUAAUUGACCACGAGAUUGGUCAAGAAAUUGAAAUUUUUGGGUAUAUGAGUACUCGACGAGAUGUCAGCAGCAAGCUCUCGUUCACUAUGCUUCGCAAUAAGAACCAGACGUCUUGUAUUCAGUUAGUCUCCAGCUCGAACAAUCCGGAAGGAGAACAAGCCGAAGCACAUGCUCGCCUCCGUUUAUUGAAAGAGUGGACUCCAGUCAUUGUAAGAGGCACGCUCGCCGAGCGCCGACCAGCAAAAGACGAUCACUUCCUCGGCAUGAAGUUGGUCACUACUCGGGAAAUCGCUGUAACACGCGUAGAGCCACUCAAUGAAAUUCCUAACGACAUAAUCAUUAAGAAUGACACAGUUUUUGGACCAGACCAGCGGCAUUUGCAGCUUCGCACAGAUUCGGAGCUACGUUCUAACAUCCUUCUGAGAUCAAAGGCCAUGGCUAGAGCAAGACUGAGUUUGAUUGAAGUUGAUUGGAAAGAGAUUGAAACGCCUAUUCUUUUCAAGUCGACACCCGAGGGUGCGCGAGAAUUUCUUGUACCAACACGUCAAAAGGGCCUUGCAUAUGCAUUGCCGCAAAGUCCUCAGCAAUACAAGCAGAUUCUCAUGGCUUCUGGAUUUACGAAGUACUUCCAAUUUGCCCGAUGCUUCCGCGACGAAGAUCUCAGGGCUGAUAGACAGCCCGAGUUCACGCAGCUUGAUAUGGAAAUGUCUUUUGCAGACGAAGAAGAUGUCAUGAGAGAGACAGAGAGGCUGCUAAGGAAACUCUGGCAGCGCGUGCUUAACCUGAAGACUCCUGAGACAUUCCCACGAAUGACGUAUCACGACGCAAUGGCAUUGUAUGGAUCCGACAAACCAGAUCUACGCUACGAGUCCAAGAUACACAACAUCACGCAACAUCUGACAUCCGACCUAAUCAGCAAAAUUACUCCGCUUGAGAAUCCAACCGUCGACGCUAUCAAGAUCUCCAUAUCCGAAGACCCAAAAAUAACCCGCAAAUUCAUCGCCAACUUCCUCGACAGCCCAGACGGCAAACCCUAUCUCGACAACCCCGACGGACAACCCGGCGUCUUCAUCGGCGACCAUUCCAAACCAAUGAACGGUCUCGGUCCCCUAGGCCACGAAUUCUCCAUGGAAGGACCCCAAACCCUCAUCCCCGACCACGGCGACCUCCUCAUCCUGCAAGCCCGCCCUGCCGUCCCCUUCUCGGGUGGCUCCACCUCCCUAGGAAACCUGCGACUAACCCUUCACAAAGCAGCCAUCGCUCAAGGCCUCGUCGGUGCCCCCGCCAAAGACGACUUCCGCUUCCUCUGGAUAACAGAUUUCCCACUUUUCACUCCCUCCAGCGACUCCGAACCAGGCCAAGGCGGCACUUCCGGCUUCUCAUCUACCCACCACCCCUUCACCGCCCCGAAAACACCAGAAGACGUCGAUCUCCUCCUUACUUCUCCCUCGGCCGCUACAGCAGCACACUACGACAUUGUCGUCAACGGCGUCGAGCUUGGUGGUGGCAGCCGCCGCAUUCACUCUGCUCCCAUGCAAGAAUUCAUCUUCCGCGAUAUACUCCAGAUGGCGCCCGAGCGUAUCGAGGAUUUCAGACACCUGCUCGAUGUCCUGCGUAGCGGGUGUCCGCCGCAUGCGGGAAUCGCGCUGGGAUGGGAUCGCCUGAUGGCGAUGAUGUGUGGGCGGGAGAGCGUAAGAGAUGUUAUUGCUUUCCCGAAGAGCGGGCGGGGCGAGGAUUUGUUGGUUAAGAGUCCGAAUGCGGUUACGAAGGAGCAGUUGGGGGUGUAUGGGCUGAGGGUUGAGGAGUAG